CAGAACCGAUUGAAAUGAUGCCUAUAAUCUGGACGGUUUUUCAAUUUAUUUUAUAUGUUGGGUUGCAGUAUUUAUUGCGUUCUGCGUCAGAAGUAUCACAUUGUAAAAAGACAAAUCCGGGUAGCACGUUUUUAUAUUAUUUUGGUGUUGUACUAUUCAUUUAUAAGAUCAAUAGUCAUCUGAUUCAUCUGAAGAAAUAUUUCAACUGCACAAUAUUCUCUCUGAUUGGAAGUUUGGUAUUUCCGGUAUUUAUUUAUGCUAUGACUUUCAUUUGGGAAACGUUAGAGUACCUGAUGCUAGAUGUCCUCUCAACUUCAUUACAUGAGAUAAAGCUCAAAAAUGGUCUGAAAUGGAAUAUGGACGUUCUUUGUAUGCUCAUACUUUGGUCUAUAAGCUCAGUAUUUGUAAUGACGACUGCUCAAAAGUCUGACUUGUUAUUACAAAGAGUUUCAAAUCUCCUGCGUAAAGAUGGUGUAAACAACUGCCUGUCUUCUGAAUCAAUUGAAUUACAAUCACAAACAUCUACGGACGACUGUGAAGAUGAAGAUAGUUCAAGUGAGGAAAUAGCUGAGGUGCAUCACAUAGACCCGCGAUUGGCUGAUGUAUUGUGUGGCCGAGUUCCGAACACUUACAGAGGACUCAACACUCUCCCUGGUGAACAUGUGGCUCCUCCCUCAAGAAGGAGUUUGCGAAGCAGAAAGCAGAAAUUGUAAAGGUGAAAUGUUUAGGCAAUAACUGGCAAUGAAAUUCACUUCAUGUAAGAGUAUAGUGUAUGAUUGCUACACUGUAAUUGAAGUCAU